UUGAGAAUUCUGCAAAACUUUUCCAUAGGUGAGAUUGGAAUUGGACCUCUCCUUCAUCAACUGAGAAAACUCGGCAAAAUCCACUGAAAAAUUCUGCAAAACUUGUCCAUAGGAGAGAUUGGAAUUCAUCAACAAUGGAAGCCUUCAAAAAAUACUCUCCCUUCGUCGUCCACACAGACGGCACUGUCGAGCGCAUCAAAGACACCGAAAUCUUGCAGCCCUCUCCCUUCUCCGACGCCGGAGUCACCUCCAAAGAUGUCGACAUCUCUCCCAAUGUAUCUGUCCGCCUCUACAUCCCUCACUCGGCCCUUUCCUCUACCACAAAACUCACAACUCUAGUCUACUUCCAUGGAGGAGGUUUUGUCGCAGAGUCGCCCUUCUCCCCAAUCUUCCACACCUACCAGGACGCACUCUCCGCAAAGGCAGGGGCAAUCAUCAUCUCUGUGAAUUACCGUCUCGCCCCCGAGCACCCGCUCCCAGCUGCCUAUGACGAUUCGUGGGAGGCUGUCGAGUGGACUGUCGGUCUGUCUGACGAGUGGCUGAGGGACCAUGCCGACCUAGACCGCCUGUUCUUAGCUGGGGACAGCGCCGGGGGCAAUAUCGUGCAUCAGAUGGGGAUGAGGGCAGGCAAACCCGCAUCGAAGGUGAGAUUGCGUGGGUUAGUAUUAGUGCAUCCAUUUUUCUGGGGACCAAACUUGGGUGACACAGAGAAAGAACACAAAGAGCUGGUGGAGAGGAUGUGGAAGAUGGCUAGCCCCCCAGUUGUUGGUAUUAUGCAGUGUCACUGGGUUAAUUGGCAGGCGGAGGACGCGACGCCAUUGUCAAAGCUCGGCUGUCGGCAGGUGAUGGUAUGUGUCGCAGAGCUGGAUUUUUUGAAGAAGAAGGGAAGGGAGUAUUAUGAGGCAUUGAAGGAGAUCGGGUGGGAGGGGAGGGUGCAGUUUGUGGAGACUGAAGGGGAGGGUCAUGGGUUUCACUUGAUUAAGCCCGACUGUGAGAAGGCCCGGGUGUUCAUGGAUCAGCUCGUCUCCUUCCUUAAUCACGUCUAGCUAGGUGUUACCCAUCUUUUUUUCUCUACUGGUUUCUUUCUUUUCAAGUUUGCCUGCACACACUCUCUCUAAAUUAGACCUCUAAUGGGUUUGUUUCUUGUUCAAGUUUGCCUAUUCUCUCUCCAUAUGUAUAUGUAGAAUUUUCAGUAAAAGAAAUAGAGUGACAAGAGAACGAAUAGGAAUUAACAAAACUUAUACGUAGUUCAUUUAUAGCAGCAAGAUAUUAAGUUUCUAAAGUUAUUUCACUUCUCUCUCUCAAUUAGAUCUUUACUGGGUCGGUUU